UAUACGCAUAACCAAUGUCCCUAUAAUUCCUUAAGGUCGGAGUUCGGCCAAAAGCGAGACAUCAUGGCCGACCCUCAAGCGAACACAGGUCUUGAAGAAGUACUGAAUAUGUUGGCAAAAUGCUGCAAGUGCGGCCAGAAUCCCAAACACAUCAUGGGAAAGCUUCUGCCGUGCGGUCACGUGAUGUGUAUUUCCUGCCUCCAGCAACUGGAGACUUCGCUCAGGAGUCACGAGGUAGACGACGGAGCAAUGAAAGCGCCAGUCUCAGAUGAAAACAUUCGGGAGUGCCAGGAGAAACCUAAGAAUAAGCCGAUCAUCUUGUCCUGUCCGUGCUGUCUGAAGAGCUUCCACGCCCAAAAUACGGGGCUGUCGAACUUGCAGAGUCUAAACCUAGACUUUGGAAUCAUAAAUCAUCUGGUUCGCACCAAUACCAUUUGUAAGAAGGACUGCCAAAAUCUUCCAGGGGAGUCUGCACAGCAUUUUUGUUACGAAUGCAACGCUUGGAUGUGCGGCGAUUGCUCCCCGAGGCAUUGCUCCGCGGAUAGGUCACUCCAUCACGUGGUCACCACGGAUGAAUACAACAAGACAUUUUCUGAAUCCUUUGAACGCUGUCCAACGCAUAGCGAACGUGCAACUAUGUUUUGCACGGAGAGAACCUGUCAGAUUCCCGUAUGUUUAAUGUGUCUGUCAAUUUCCCACGCAGGGCACAAAGCUGUGUCAUUCGAGGAUGCUUCCGCCCUGAUCAGGGAGCGUCUGUCGUCAUUACGGAAGGCCAACAAACGUCGUCAAGAAUCCCUCCGUGACAACAGGCAGAAGCUGACAAUGAAACUGUCAGAUGAAUGCCGCAAAUUCUCCGAGACCAAGGAGCAAAUCGAGUUGAGGAUGGAGGAGCUGCGACACAAAUUGGAGUCGAUGCGGUCACAGGUGACGGAGAAAGGCGAGCAGUCAAUGGAGACAGUGAACGGGGAUUCCAUUGUGGCGAACCUGGUCGAUAAGCUCCUAAAGAGCGCCAUGCAGCAGGAUACGAGUACCAAUGUCCUCCUCGGUGUUAGCAGGAUGAUCAAGAGCAACCGACAGUGGUUCCCGAUGAUCAACUACGGCCCGAAUGGUCCCGAGUUCUACGAUUCAUCUACUCUUACUGUAGCGGGUAUUGUGGAUCCGAUCAAUGACAUUAUGUCUACGAUAUCUUCCGACCCCUGCUACAAAGCUCUGUUGGAGCCGCCUAGAAUACUCCGAAGUCCCUCAGCGUCGAUGCUGCGAUCACUGCACGCGUCUGAUGAGGUGAAGAAGUACACCUUGGCCAAUCAUUUUGUUCCGGAUGAGAUCGCGAGCUAUUUGUCCAAACCUGGCGAGGAACUGUCACAGCUGAGCGUCAAGCACACUACGACCCUGGCCAACAAUGACCUUGGACUUUUGGUCGGGUUCUAUAGCAGUGCCUUUGGAUGGGAAAAUGGAAUUCUUGUCCUGUCUUGCAGGAAUGCCAACAAGACAUUUAAAUGCAAGCGGGCGUUCAGUGUCCGCUACCAGAAACACACCUAUAUCAAGAUCGCGGGGUUUGGAUCCAGUCACCUGAUGCUAGCAGACGACACCAACAGGUGCGUGGUAACGUACACUCUAAACGGAAAGGAGGUCAGCACGUUCAGCUUUUCACCAAACGAAGUUCCCCGCCAUAUUGAAAUUAUGGACAACAAGCUGAUUGUGACCUUCCGCCACGAAAUCAAGACAUUUAUGAUCAAUAUAUGUGGAGAUAUGGACGGGCAGCACCGCGUUGUUUUCGUCCUGUACAAUAACUUGCGUGGCUUUGAGAAGGAGAAUGUCAUGUUAGAGGAUGCGCAUGUCAGCGAGGACGGGCAGCUGUUCGUCCGUGGCUUCAUCUACCCCGAGAACACCAACAGAGUACGGGAGGAUCCAGUCUUCCUUAACUACAGGCUGUACAUCAUAGAUGAGAACCACAGGUCUGCUUCCUCACGUAAGGUCCAGUACAACUCCUGCGCUGACAUGUACGGUGUUGGCAGCAUUGCGCUGUCUCCAAACGGACGGUACAUGUUCACCGCGGAUUACAACCAAAACGCCGUCCUGGAGAUCCCGAUCAAGCGAGUUGCAAAGCGCACCACCAUAGAUGUUGGACGCAGCAGCUGUCUUCUCUCUAACUUGGACGGGAUUGAGAAACUAAAGACUGUGGCCGUGGAUAGAAAUGGAGAUCUUGUGAUUGUCCAAGCAAAGGAUGUCAAACUUUUCAGGAAAGUCUAAAUGUAUGACAUUGAAAGAAGAGAAAACAUCCCUAAACCAGCACUUUUAUUAGUA